AAGUUCAUUUGUUUGUGUUUCUAGCCGGACUUCAUAUCCGCGCGGACGGGAAACAUGGCGUUCAACUUUGGCGGCCAGUCCAGCAGCGCGAGUCUUUCUGGGUUUGGAGCCGCCGCCACCACAACAUCAGCACCCACGGGAUUUGGAUUUGGAUCAAGUACCACAGGAUUUGUGGCUCCGGGUGCGAGCAGCAGUGCCCCCACAGCCGUUAGUUUUGGGGGGUUUGGUUUGGCUCCUGUGUUCAGUUUUGGCAGUAGUCUCAGUGGAUCAGGUGCAUUUGGAGGUUUUGGAUCAACGGCGGCUCCUGCCAGUAGUGGGACCACCUUCAGUUUCAAUACUCCAUCAAAUACAGGUGGAGGUCUCUUUGGAAACACUCAGAAUAAGGGCUUCGGCUUUACUUCUGGUUUGGGUUCAAACACGGCUACAGGAACGAGCUUCGGCACCACUGGACUGGGCUUUGGAGGGUUCGGGGGAAUCCAGCCUGCCCAGACGCAACAGGGUGGUCUGUUUAACCAGCAGGGCUCUCAGUCCAGUCAUCUGAUCAACACCGCCAGCGCGCUCUCUGCCCCAUCUGUGCUCAGUGAUGAGCGUGACUCAGUUUUGGCCAAAUGGAACCAACUGCAGGCGUUCUGGGGAACAGGAAGAGGUUACUUCAACAGCAGCACUCCUCCAGUGGAGUUCAGCCAGGAAAACCCAUUUUGCCGCUUCAAGGCCGUGGGCUACAGCUGUGUUCCUGAAAUGAAGGAUGAGGACGGGUUAGUAGCUCUGACUCUCUGUAAGAAAGAAAUGGACGUCCGCUCUCAGCAGCAGCAGCUGGUCGAGUCUUUACAUAAACUUCUGGGAGGAAAUCAAACCCUCAGCGUGAAUGUGGAGGGGGUGCGAGCGUUACCUGAUGACCAGACAGAGGUGAUCAUUUAUCUGGUUGAACGGUCUCCUAACGGCAUGUCAAAGCGAGUUCCAGCUUCGACUCUCUUUAAUUACAUGGAACAGAUGAAUGUAAAACUUCAGCUGCAACAGCUCGGUGUCACGAUGACCGUCAGCAGAACCGCACUGACCCCAGCGCAGCUCAAACAGCUGCUGCAGAACCCACCCGCAGGCGUGGACCCCAUCAUCUGGGAACAGGCUAAAGUGGACAAUCCCGACCCGGAGAAGUUGAUUCCAGUGCCCAUGGUCGGCUUUAAAGAGCUCUUACGAAGAUUAAAGUUUCAAGACCAGAUGACCAAACAACACCAGACCAGAGUCGAUAUCAUCUCUAAUGACAUCAGUGAGCUGCAGGUGAACCAGGCCACAACUGCAGCCAAAAUCACCCAAUACAAACGCAAGCUGAUGGAUCUGUCACACAGAGUCCUGCAGGUGUUAAUCAAACAGGAAGUUCAGAGGAAAAGUGGUUAUGCCAUUCAACUGGAUGAAGAACAUUUGAGAGUUCAGUUGGAAACCAUCCAGUCAGAGCUCAACGCACCCACACAGUUUAAGGGGCGGCUGAAUGAACUGAUGUCUCAGAUUCGAAUGCAGAAUCAUUUUGGAUCCGUUCGUUCGGAGGAGCGGUAUCGUGUGGACGCAGACCUGCUACGAGAAAUCAAACAGCACCUGAAGCAGCAGCAGGAGGGUCUGAGUCACCUGAUCAACGUCAUCAAAGAUGAUUUGGAUGACAUUAAGAUGAUUGAAGACCAACUGCAUGAUGGGAUUCACACGCGCAGCAGCAAACUCAGCUGACCGACACACACGCACCCACCUACCCUAAGUCCUGUCUGAGUAUUACAUACAGUCGUGUGUGUGUGUGUGUGUGUGUGUGUGUGUGUGUGUGUGUGUGCGUGCAUGCGUAUGUGUGCGCGUGUGUGUUUGUAGGGGGCGCUGUAAGUUCUCACUGUUCACUUCAUUAAAAUAUCACAUACUGAAGAGAUGCAGUUGUUUGAGUUUGACAAAUUCAUUUUCACUUUUGAGAAUCAGAAAAGACAAACAUUGUUUAUCUGCUGCUGUUUAUUUUUACUUUGUCAUGUGAAUGUUGUCGAGUGCCAAUGGGCAGCUGAAAUAUUAAAUCGUGUCUUAAUUAAAUUUUAAAGUGGU